GCGUUCGGUGGGGGGGAAGGAGACAAACAGCCCGGAUCGGUGCGGCCGCCCUCGCCGGCGGCGGAGAGCAGGGGCGGGGGACCUUCUGCCCGCCGGACUGGGGAUACCUUCCCCUCUCCGCGCAGCGUUGUGCUGCGGCGCGGCGCAGCUGGUGGCGGUCCCCUCCGCCCGCGGGCCGCCUGGAAGAUGGCGGCCACGGUGUCCGAGUGAGGAUGGAGCUACCUGCCAGCGCUUCUUUGCCCUGAGGGGAGGCAGUGCCGCCCCGCCAGCGGUGUGAGAGGCGGCGGAGGUGCCGCCUGGCAGUGGGACGGCUCUGCGGUAGCCCGCUCUGAGGGGCGAGGCUGGGCCCGGCGGCUCCCCCUUGCCUUCCUCUCGCCUCCCUGUCUCCGCCCGCCGGAGGGGCCAGCCCCGGCCCGGACUGCUGCCUGGCCCCGCAGCCUCCGGCACGCAGCCGCCAUGCCGUGGCCUUUCUCGGAAUCCAUCAAGAAGAGGGCCUGCAGGUACUUACUGCAGAGGUACCUGGGCCACUUCUUGCAGGAGAAGCUCAGCUUGGAGCAGCUCAGCCUGGACCUCUACCAGGGUACCGGCUCCUUGACACAGGUCCCUCUGGAUAAGUGGUGUCUUAAUGAAAUCUUGGAGUCUGCAGAUGCACCUCUGGAAGUCACGGAUGGAUUUAUCCAAUCAAUUUCUUUAUCUGUACCGUGGGGGUCGUUGCUACAAGAUAAUUGUGCAUUAGAAGUGAAAGGAUUAGAGAUGGUCUUCAGGCCAAGACCAAGGCUUGCAUCUGGGUCUGAGCCUAUGUAUUGGUCAAGUUUUAUGACAAGUAGUAUGCAGCUUGCAAAAGAGUGUCUUAGCCAAAAAUUGACAGAUGAACAAGGAGAAGGAUCCCAGCCUUUUGAAGGUCUUGAAAAAUUUGCAGAAACUAUUGAAACAGUUCUAAGAAGAGUAAAAGUUACCUUCUUAGAUACUGUUUUGCGAAUAGAGCAUGUGCCGGAAAACUCUAAAAGUGGAACUGCCCUGGAAAUCAGAAUUGAAAGAACUAUGUACUGUGAUGAAACUGCAGAUGAGUGCUCUGGAAUUAAUGUACAUCAGCCCACAGCUUUUGCUCACAAGUUGCUGCGGCUCUCAGGUGUCUCUCUCUUCUGGGAUGAGUUUCCUGCAUCAGCAAAGUCCUCCCCAGUGUGUUCAGCUACACAGCUGGCAACUGAACCAAAGCUUUCACCUAGCUGGAAUCCAAAAAUAAUUUACGAGCCACAUCCGCAAUUAACAAGAAACUUGCCAGAAAUUACCCCUUCUGACCCUGUACAGAUCAGUAAGCUGAUUGGUAGAAUGGAGUUGAGCCUAACAUUAAAGCAAAAUGAAGUACUUCCUGGAGCUAAGUUGGAUGUAGAUGGACAAAUAGAUUCCGUACAUCUAUUUCUAUCACCAAGGCAGGUACAUCUUCUACUGGACAUGGUAGCAGCUAUUGCUGGGCCAGGCAACCUGAGCAGGAUAGAAUUGUCAAAUAAAGAUAGGAAGAACCGGCCAAUGCAACAGGAAGAUGAAUAUCGGAUUCAGAUGGAGUUGAAACGUUACUUGAGGAAAGAGUCUUUAUCUGCAGGAGCAUCUUCUGAACAAAGCUUCUAUGAGACAGAGAGCGCCAGAACACCUUCUAGUCGUGAAGAAGAAGUUUUCUUUUCAAUGGCUGAAAUGGACAUGUCUCACAGCCUUUCCUCCCUUCCACCUCUUGGAGACCCUCCCACCAUGGAUCUAGACUUGUCUUUAACCAGUACAUAUACAACUACACCAGCAGGAUCUCCACUGAGCACUACAGUGCUUCAGCCAACUUGGGGUGAUUUUCUUGAUCGUAACAAACAAGAACUACAGCCUCCAAGAGGUUCGUCACUUGCAGCCAAUGUGGUUCACCAGACUUCCUUAAGAAGGACAUCUAUUCCAUCCAGAUCUGUUUCUGUGGAUGAAUCCAGACCUGAGCUUCUUUUUAGACUGGCAGUUGGAACUUUCUCAGUGUCUGUACUUCAUAUUGACCCUUUACCCCCACCUGAAAGUUCACUGAACCUUAACCCAUUGACACCAAUGGCUCGGGAUUUCUUUACCCGAAUAGAAAAGAUUGAGCCAGUUAAGUUUUCAACAGAAGAUUUUCUGUCCUUCCGAGAAGUAUUUGCAGAAGCUUGUUCUCAUGAUCACCUUAGAUUUAUAGGUACUAGUAUCAAAGUGUCCUAUGAACAGAGACAAAGGACUGCCUCUCGAAGUUUUAGUACUGACUUAUCCAUUGGGGAUAUGGAGCUUCUGGAAUGCCUUUUUUCUACUGACUCUCAUUCCAUUCAACCUCAUUAUACAGAGCUGCUGACAUUUCAUUCUGAGGAUGGAAAUGGUUCUCAUGCUAUGCCAUGCCUUCAGCUUCAUUACAAGCAUUCAGAUAAUAGAGGACCUCAGGGUAGCCAAGGGAGACUCAGUUCUGUUCCACAGAAAGCAGAGCUACAAGUAAAGUUAAGUCCAGUGUUUUGUGAGCUGGAUAUUAGUAUUGUAGACAGAUUAAAUUCUUUGCUGCAGCCACAGAAACUAACUACAGUCGAGAUGAUGGCAUCUCACAUGUAUGCUUCUUACAAUAAGCACAUAAGUCUGCAUAAAGCGUUUACUGAAGUUUUUCUGGAUGAUUCCCAUACUCCUGCAAACUGUAGAGUUUCAGUUCAAGUCACUGCCCCUGCAUUAAAUCUCUCUGUUCGCUUCCCAAUCCCUGACCUACGGUCAGAUCAGGAAAGAGGACCAUGGUUUAAGAAAUCACUUCAGAAGGAGAUUCUUCAUCUUGAAUUUACAGAUAUGGAAUUUAAAACCGAGUUUCUAGGAGGAUCAACCCCAGAACAAGUUAAAUUAGAACUUACCUUUAAAGAGCUAACUGGUUCAUUUGAAGAAGAUCAUGCAGAAGCACCAAUAAAGUUUUUUCAAGUGUCUGGUGGCAUAGAUGGAGACAUAACGUCAUCAUCAGACAAUUUUGACUGGCCUCGGAUUGUAUUGAAAAUAAAUCCUCUGGCUGUGCACUCUAUUCUGGAAAGGAUAGCAGCUGAGGAGGAAGAAGGUGAUAAUAACUUUCAAGAGGAAGAAGAAGGAGGGUCUCAUUCUUUGAAGGAUGUCUGUGAUAUUAGAAGACCAGAGCCUUCUCCUUUUUCUUCUCGUAGGGUCAUGUUUGAAAAUGAAGAGAUGGUGAUGCCAGGAGAUGUAGUUGAAAUGACCGAGUUUCAGGAUAAAACAAUUAGCAAUUCUCAUUAUGUAUUGGAACUCAUGUUACCAAACAUUCACCUAACAUUACCAAAUAAAAGCUUUUAUGAAAAACUUUACAACAGGAUCAGCAAUGAUUUAUUGUUGUGGGAACCCACAGCUCCAUCUCCUGUAGAAACGUUUGAAAACCUUGCUUACGGUGUUGGACUCUCUGUGGCCAGCCAGCUCAUCAACACUUUCAAUAAAGACAGCUUUAGUCAAUUUAAAUCUGCAGUAAAUUACGAUGACGAGAGUGGAUCUGAGGAGGAAACGCUACAGUAUUAUUCUGCUGUUGAUCCAAACUAUCGUUCUCGCAGAAGGAAAAAGCUUGACUCUCAGAAUAAGAACACACAAAGCUUUCUGUCUGUUCUGCUAAAUGUGACACAUGGAUUAGUGUCAGUAUUCACAGAUGUAAAGCAGGAUGAUGGAACUACACUGGAAGGAAAGUAUGGCGAAUUCUGGUUUGAAUUCAACAGUGGUUCCCUUUUCAGCGUGACUAAAUACGAAGGUUUUGAGGACAGACACUAUGUUUGUCUCCAUUCUAGCAGCCUCAACUUAUAUCAUCAAGGUAUGGUAGAUGGAGUUGUCCCGUCCUCUGAAGUACGACUGCCCAGCAGGAUACGUCCCCAUUGGUUAGAACCUACUAUUUGUUUUUCUGAAGAAGAUGGUCUUAGUAGGACUACUUCAGAUGGUGUAGCAGGAGAUUGUCCAAGUAUGCUGACCGUUGCAGUCAAAAUUCAAUCAGAUAAAAUAGAGAGCAAUACAAAGGAAUUUCUAGUUGCUGUUGGGCUGAGGGGAGCCACUCUUCAGCACAGAGUACUGCCUUCAGGUUUAAGCUGGCAUGAACAGAUUUUAUAUUUUUUGAACAUUUCGGAUGAGCCUGUCCUGGGAUAUAAUCCUCCAGCCACAAUUACAACUUUCCAUGUACAUCUCUGGAGUUGUGCUCUUGAUUACAGGCCCUUGUUUUUGCCAGUCAGAUCUCUACUUACUGUUGAAACUUUCAGCAUUUCCAGCAGUGUUGCAGUAGAUAAGUCCUCUUCUACUCUCAGGAUAAUUUUGGAUGAAGCUGCUUUGCAUCUGUCUGACAAGUGCAACACUGUUACAGUGAACCUGCACAGAGAUUAUGUUCGUGUUAUGGAUAUGGGACUGCUAGAACUAACCAUUACAACAGUAAAAUCUGGUUCUGAUGGCGAAAGAACUAAACCACGUUUUGAGCUUCACUGUUCCAGCGAUGUAAUCCACAUUCGUACCUGCUCCGAUUCAUGUGCUGCACUAAUGAAUCUCAUACAGUAUGUUGCAAGUUACGGUGACUUACAUCCUCCUACCAAGACAGAGGUUAAACGUGGAGCUAGCAAGCCAAAAAUGAAGGUAGAGACCUUUAGCCAACCAUCUUCCCAUGGACCAGUACUUGCUGAAUCAGAGCAACAGAUUUUACGGGAUUUGAUGAGUGAUGCCAUGGAGGAAAUUGAGACUCAACAGACUGCUUCUGCCAUGAAGCCAGAGUCUAAUGGGAUUUUGGAUGACAGAUCUCACACUCAGGAGGCACCAUGCUCAGAUCUCUUCCUGUUUCCGGAUGAAAGUGGAAAUGUCUCACAAGAUCCAAGUCCCACUUAUGCUUCUUUCACUCAUCAUCUGAUAAAUGAGGCCAUUGGAGAUGUUCCUGCAGAAAGUGAUGAUUUCUGCAUUCUUUUUGCACCCAAAGUUGCUGUUGCUGAAAAAGAGGAAGAGCCAAUAAUAAAAAUAAUGGUUGACGAUGCAAUUAUCAUAAAGGAAAAUCAUUUCAGCCAACCUAUUAAAAAAACAGAUACAAGCAAAGCUCCUCUUCAUUUUCCUGUUCCUCUGGUACGUUAUGUUGUCAAGGAAAUCUCUCUUAUUUGGCAUCUUUAUGGUGGAAGGGAUUUUGGGACUGCACCACCAACAUCUCCCGCUAAAAGUUUCAUAAGUCCCCAUAGUUCUCCUUCUCAUACACCAACAAGGCAUGGACGAAGUACAGCAUCUGGGGGAAGAGGAAGGAACCCAGACUUCCUAAUGGAGAUACAGUUAAGCAAGGUGAAAUUCCAGCAUGAAGUAUACCCUCCAGGUAGUGCAGAAGGUGAAUCCAGCCUGUUGGAGCAGCCGGUGUCACGGCAGGUUUUUAUUGUUCAAGACUUGGAGAUCAGAGAUCGUUUAGCUACAUCACAGAUGAACAAAUUUCUCUAUCUCUACUGCAGUAAGGAGAUGCCCAGAAAAGCACAUUCAAACAUGUUAACGGUUAAAGCAUUACACGUCCGUCCAGAGUCUGGCAGAUCACCCCAGGAGUGUUGUUUACGUGUCUCACUGAUGCCGCUUCGCCUCAAUAUUGACCAGGAUGCCUUAUUUUUCCUGAAGGAUUUUUUCACUAGUCUCUCCACAGAAGUAGAACUCUUAGUUACUCCAGAUCCUGAAGUUAAGAAGUCUCCUGGUGCUGAAGUUACGUGUAGUUUGCCCAGGCAUAUCAGCAGCCUUAAGGACCCAAGCCCAGUCAUUUCUUUCUCAUCACACAAGCAAGCAAGUGAAAAUGGUGGCAUUGAUUCUAUGGAUGUGGUUAAUGGAGAUGAUCAUCAUUUCUCACAAGAAGUGACAUCAUACAGUGACCAGCCAGUGUUUUUCAGAGAAUUUCGUUUCACAUCGGAGGUUCCCAUACGGCUCGAUUACCACGGCAAACAUGUUUCAAUGGAUCAGGGGACACUAGCUGGGAUUCUUAUUGGGCUUGCUCAGUUGAACUGCUCAGAAUUAAAACUGAAGAGGCUUUGUUACAGACAUGGUUUAUUAGGUGUGGACAAAUUGUUCUCCUAUGCCAUCAGUGAAUGGCUUAAUGAUAUAAAGAAAAACCAGCUACCAGGAAUUUUGGGAGGAGUAGGACCUAUGCAUUCACUUGUGCAAUUAGUUCAAGGUCUGAAGGACUUGGUGUGGUUACCAAUAGAGCAGUACCGAAAGGAUGGCCGUAUUGUAAGAGGCUUUCAAAGAGGAGCAGCUUCUUUUGGUACUUCCACUGCAAUGGCAGCACUGGAGCUAACAAACAGAAUGGUCCAAACCAUACAGGCAGCUGCAGAAACUGCGUAUGACAUGGUAUCACCAGGGCCUACUUUUAUCGAAGCAAAAAAGUCCAAACGAUUCUCUCGGCAUCGUUUUGCUCAUCAGCCAGUAGAUCUACGGGAAGGUGUAGCCAAAGCAUACAGUGUAGUAAAAGAGGGGAUCACGGACACAGCCCAAACCAUCUACGAGACCGCUGCUCGCGAGCAUGAGAACAGAGGAGUAACUGGAGCAGUAGGAGGAGUCCUCCGCCAGAUCCCACCAACUGUGGUGAAACCUUUCAUUGUUGCGACAGAGGCAACUUCAAACGUUCUGGGUGGAAUGAGAAACCAGAUCAGGCCAGAUGCGCGUCAAGAAGAGUCUCAGAAGUGGCGCCUUGGGGAGGAUUGAGGCUAUAAAUCUGGCUCAGCAGGCACCUAUAAAAGCUGGAAAUGCAGAAGCUUUAGAUGGAGCUCACUUUGUUUUGUCACGCUCAUCUCAGGAACAAAUGAGAUUUUCACACAUUGUUAGCAAAACAUCCAACCAAAAAUAUUUAUGAAGUGAAAAGCAAAUUGGUACUUGCUCGUACCAUGUGUUACCAAUACCUUUGGUAGAUAGUGCCAAACAUAGCAAAGCAUGCGCUGCCAACUCCAAGACAUGCUUUACUUGUUUCCAUUUACCAUGGUUUUCCUGGUAGAUUUAACAUCUGAAGCAGCAGCCUGUAUGGUGAAACUAAGAAUGCUUCAAAGAUGUUUUCUGAGCAUAGGUGAAGAACUGCCUUCAAAAGGGCUCUGCAAAUACUUCUUCGCUGACUUAAGGAUAAAAGCUUUCAUUCUGGACAUAAGACAUGAAGACUAUGUAAUAUGGAAGCAGAUGAGAUACUACUGUUUAGUGGUCAUAAGCGUGGCACUUACAGCAAGGGAAGGCUUGGUAGCCGUUUAGAAUUUGGCUUCAGUGUUGGUACACUAUGAACAGAAUUUGUUCCUAAAUAUUAAUUACCUACAUUUGUGGGUCUUUGAAGAACCUGAAUGUGGCAGAAAUGUUCUGUUGUGUUGCACUUUAAAGGACAUGGCCUGUAUAUUGUGCUUUUUUUAUAGUGUGAAUAAAAUGUAAUGUGUAUUAUCCUUUAUGUGGUUUAGAAGCUUACACAAAUUAUUGAAAAGAGCAUCAUUUGAUGAUGAUCCUACAGAAAAGUGUCUUAAAUUUGUUUAAACUACUCAUUAUAUAUAAAAAACACUUUUGUCUUCUCUUAUGCUAAUUGCAGUGCUAAAAGUAACCAUUCUUCAGGGAAACAGCAGUUAAAUAUUAAUGUGGCCAAUGGUUCUUUGCAAGAAUCAGAAAUACCAAGUAAAGUAAAACCAAAUUAUUUCUUAAUUUCACAGUUAAAACUUGAUACAGACAUCACUUUAAUCAUCUGCUUUUAUUUGACGUUCACAUCGUUGCAAGGUUGCUGCUCUCCCAAGAUGUUUUUGAAUUGUGCAUUGUCAGUUAUUUAACAAUGAGUAUUUGUGGUCAUUUCAUUGGAACUGAGGAUUUGAAAGAAAAAACAAGACAACAAGAUUUCAAAAAUCAAAGUUGGUACUGACAGUCUUUACAGUUUGAUCAUGACCAGAGUCUCCACAGAGCUUUAUUAAUCAGCGGACACUGUGCCAUUGCUGGGCAGUUAAAAGACUCAGCACUGUCUGUGCAGAAAUAAGCUUUUUCUUAUUUCCCUUGUAUUAGCAAAAACUGAAGGCUAAAAGCUAAAGACUGUUCUGGGUAGAAAAAUACUUGGUUUGAAUUUCAACAGCUUAACACUUUGGGCAGCUAGCCCAAACGUAAGUUUGUCCUAGUGCUGUGCUUGUCAUAAGUGGAAAUCCUGCAGAUAACGCUAUCUGGGAAAUCUCUGCUGAAAGAGGGACAGCAGAUGCUAUUGGUCAAUCUCAAAGGAUACUGAGGAAGUAGUUUCCCUGUCUUUUGUUUAAUACCCUCCACCAGCAAAAACUUUGCUAAUGGGCCUUACAAGACAAACAGGAGUCCAUGAAGGAAAACAGUUACUGCUCAGUAAUCCUGAUAUUAUAGUAGUUAUUCUAAACACCAAAGAGUCUGGCAGGAGGGUAAAUGAUUUGAAAAUGUCCCCUCUGCUGGGAAGGCUUCUGCAGUCUACUCAGUUUUUGUAAGGCACAGCUACAGUUACAAACCAGUUCUUGCAUUGGGUGACAGUUGAUACUACAGAGUUGUGCUUUAAUUCACUGGAAUCGCCUGAGUUGUGGUAUGCUUUGAAGGCCUGGUUAUUUCAGUUAAAAGAGUUGCUGUAAGCAGAAGGAGAUGCUUUUGAGAGGACAAAUGCCUGCAGAUUUAGUGACAUGAGAUAUUUUCUGAAGUAGAAGUACUUGCUGCAGUCACACUUCUGUCCAGUAACUGGAGAGCUCUGCUUUGGUGAGCGCUCCAAGCUUGACGUUUUGCACAGGAAUGAGUUCCAUGUUUGCAAUUUGGCAUCUCCUGAAUGCCUUCUCAAACUGGUGAUGAGUCAAUGCAAGUAAGUAGCAAUGCUUCAUCUUCGUUUGCAGUUACCACACUGUGUAAUUUCGACUGGUCCAGUUAAUAGGAGUAUACUGUAAUAGUAUAUAUCUGCAUAUUUUCUUCCUUUUUGCCGUUGCUGAACAGGAGCAGUGGCAUUUCAGUGUUCAUUUCAUUCUCAGUUCUGUCGUGGUCUGAUUGUACUGCAGCAUAAUUGGAGUAUAUUUUUCUAUGAGGGCAUGCUGACAAGGUAAAACAUUUUUAUAGAGUGUCUCUCACUGUCAGCAAUACAGAUUGUACAAAUUCAUUAAACUUUACUUUCCACUCUGUAAACCCUUGCAUUUAGUGCUUGCACUUCAUUGAGCCUUUUCAGUGGAAUUGCUUUCAAUUUGUUCCCAACAAUUUAUUUCUACAAGCAGUUUCUUAAUUUGGAUGUGUGUUCUGUGUUGUUUUUCAGUUGUAACGUGAUCUUGUAGUGUUUGAAAUGUUUAAGAAAACCAGAAACCCCACAGAACUCUCCAAACUAGGCUUUAUAUUAGGACCUUGUGUUCAUAGUGUACCUCCUGUGGAGCGGCUGGUGUUUUAAAUUAAAGUAUACAUCGUGUCUGAGAAGGGAUUCAUCAGUUGCUCUGCUCAAUACUCAAAAAACCACACAAAAUGAAACGUGGCUCUGGAUUUGUCUCCUGGAAGUGGAAGCCUGUGGAUACCUUACUGUGUUCUCAUCAGCAGGGGGAGGUCUGCAAAAAUAUUGUUGUACUUGAGUUUUCCACUGAAGUCAGUUGCUACUGGUACUGUUCAUGCUGAUAGUAGGUGUAACCUGGCACAGUCCAUGUUUAAUGUUCAAAUUCUCUCAUGUUCAAGUGGCCAACUACUACUGCUGCAGCUUGGGCUGAUACUGUCCUGAUAGGCACAAGUGUCACCCUGGGCUUUCUUGAGCAUUCUGGCACUUCAAACAGUACAUUGAGCUCCUGAAAAAAGACAGUCGUCUUUUUCAAAACAAAACAACACAAAAUCAUGUUUCAUAAGGAUCUGAGCAGUGACUGAGAGCUACAAAUCCAUCAUGUCUGUGUAAAGGCAGCUCCAUUUUUCUUCUCUGUGUGUGUUGAUGCUGCACUGCUGCAGGGUUUUGGCAAAAUAGUGUGCCUACAGCAUGUGCUGGCCUAAUGGUAAGCAUUAGGUCACUCACUGGUGGGUCUGUAUGUGCUUAAGGGGUUUGUCUGCUGCUGCUUUCCCAGGAAGUGCUUGAUUGUGAACAUCCAUUGCUUGCUUGCUGCUUUCAUUUGCCGUUGCUUGACUGAGUUGCCAGGAAAGAUUUCUUCCUAAACCAAAACGCUGUAGAUGGUUGUGAACAAGACGCUUGUACUGAACGCGCUCCGUACUCCUGCAGAUGUGACACUGAUUUUUGCUUUAAGUACUGCAAUGUAUGUGAUUUGUAACACAGUGCAACCCAGGAAUUUGUUUAGUGCAGUUAAAUACUUGUGAUUUUUUUAAGUCUCCUAAAUCUCACAGCAGUGUAAGCACUGUCAGAAAAGGUGUGGGUGUCUGUCAGUUUGGAACCCUGGUGUCCAUGGUUCUCACAGUCUCCAGGCCUCAUCAUUUAAGCUUCUGACAACUGUUUUCAGUUGCUCUACGUGCUGAAUCUUGUUUACAGCUCAAAAAUUAGAUACAGCAACUUCAGUACUUAAAUCCGAGUCGUGCAUUUGUCCUGGAUUUCUAGGCGGUGGGGUAGCUCAGACAAACAGCAGUUUGUGGAUGUGUUUGUGGAUGUUUUUUACAUCUCUGCAUUUAUAGCAGUUCCGAGGUAUUGUUUGUAUAUAGUUUGCGAGCGUAAAGACUAUAAUCUCAUGAAAGAGAAAGCACUGUUGAAGGGAACUAUUUCAACUUGAGUUAUUUUGCUUAAAGUUCUUGUCCCCUCAGUGUGUCUGAGAGCUAUUUUUGACCAUAAUUUAUAUGGCACCAAAAGUGUAUAUUUUAGCCUAUGAAAAUGCUGAAAGGCCUGAGUGCACAUAGGUUGUCCUGUUAAACGUGUUUCAUGGAAAACCCACACAUUUGUAAUCAAACGUAAAUAAAUAUCUUAAUUUGUUCCUCGA